CAGAGGCAGACCGGGCAGUAAAUUAUUUAGCAGAAGAUAAGAACAGAAGAACAACUACGGCAAUACUUUGUAGUUGUUUGACAUCUGCAAUCUCUGAAGUUGCAGACAGAUGAACAAGCAGCAGUCUUACUUAUGGUUCUCAAAGUUAAUAUAUUUGUCCACUUAAAGUGUGGUGAACUCACUGAGAUCAAGUGCAAGCUGCAAUCAUAUUACACAGGGCAAGAACAUACAGCAAGAGAGGAUGAAGAAUUUACAAUGGACUAUCUGUUUGGUGGUCAUAUUACUGUUAGGGGGGUCAUGUUUGAAGGUGCAAUACAGAGGGGAUCAAGUCUUAAAAGUAAUUCCACAGACGAAGGAUCAUGCUUAUUAUCUGCAGACGUUAAGUAAUAAAUGGCUGCUUGACCUUUGGAAGCCUGACAUGGCUGAAGAUAUCUCUGAAGGAAAAGAGUUACAUAUCCGGGUUCCAUUUUCCCAUGUACAAGAGAUGAAACAAAAUCUUCUGCAAGAGAAAAUACCUUUUGAGGUCCUAAUUAAGGAUGUUCAGAAGCUUAUAGAUGCCAGUAUUGUGAGUGAGCAUGCAGUGUCUUCAAGGUCCUUGGCAAGCUAUGAUUAUACCAAGUAUCAUCCAAUGCAUGAGAUUUAUCAAUGGAUGGAGCAGAUCAAAGAAGAACACAGUAGUCUGAUAACAAAACAUUAUUUAGGAUCUACAUAUGAACAUCGACCAAUUUAUUACUUUAAAAUUGGUUGGCCAUCAGAUAAGACAAAAAAAUAUAUUGUAAUAGAUUGUGGAAUUCAUGCACGGGAAUGGAUUGCAGUGGCAUAUUGUCAGUGGUUUAUAAAGGAGAUAAUUUCAAACCAAAAUGAUCCUUUGCUCAACAAAGUGUUAAAACAAGUUGACUUUUAUGUUAUACCAGUACUAAACGUUGAUGGCUACAUUUACUCCUGGACUACGGAACGUCUUUGGAGGAAAAAUCGCUCACCACAAAAUAAUGGUACAUGCUAUGGAGUGGAUCUGAACAGGAACUUUAAUUCAGCUUGGUGCUCCACCGGUGCCUCCAGGAAUUGCUCCAGUUUUACAUUCUGUGGUCUAAAGGCUGAAUCUGAACUAGAAACCCAAGCCUUGGUCUCUCUUGUUCAGGGCAUUAAAUCUAAUAUCCUGUCAUAUCUGACCAUACAUUCCUAUGGGCAAUACAUCCUCCUUCCGUAUGGUUACACUACAAGCCCAUCAACCAAUCAUAAGGAGUUGACUGAUGUUGCUGAAAAAGCUGCUGCUAAACUCAAGGAAAAACAUCAAACUGUAUAUACAGUGGGUUCUUCAUCUGUCAUACUAUACAACAAUUCUGGGUCAUCUGCAGACUGGGCUGCUGAUCAGAAAAUAAGAAUAUCUUACACAAUUGAACUCAGAGACAAUGGUACAUAUGGAUUUCAGCUGCCACCCGAACAAAUCAAGCCUACUUGUGAAGAGACAAUGAACGCUAUGAUGUCCAUAAUUGAAUAUCUCAGUGACAACUACCUUGAGAAUAGUGCUGGUAUUAUUACGUCUCAAUGGCUGAAUGUGUUUCUUUCUUUUGCUUUUUUGCAUUUAUUACUCAAUAACCCAUUAAUCUGAUUUUAUUUGAUAAAUGCCAAAAUAAAAAUAUUUUAUAACAUUGAA